AUGAUUUCGAACUCCAUCCAAAAGCCGCUGAUGGGCAAUUCCUGCUCUAAUUGCUCUGAUGACACAUCCAUUCUCCUAUCUGAUCCUACAAAAGUAAUUUUCAGGAAAGGUGCUCAUGUUUAUUGGACCGGAAAAGGAGAAAUAUCCACAGCACCUAAAUUUGACAUCCGAACUACACCAGAAACUAGCAACGUUAUUAUGAAUCGAGACUCGACAUCUGGAAUUCCUUCGAGCAUUGGUGCUUCGACUGAAAAUGCUAAACUCAUCAUCGUUACCAUAAGAUCAGAUCGCAUGAGAGAGGAGAUUUGUCCCGAGGAAGGGCGAGGGAAUUUCAACAUUAGGUGCUGUUAUAUGAUAAAGUUGGGGAAUGGAGAAGUGAAGAAGGUUGAAGAGGGACAGCUAAGUCGGAUAGCAAAGGAUCGAUAA